AUGUAUUUCAAGAAGAGCAACUCGAUAGCUGUCAUUGCUGCCAUCACUGCAUCCGUUCUUUCUCAGCAGAUUUCCCAAGAUCCUGGAACGGGUGGCGUGUCGAUUGAGGUCGUCCAUCUAUACAGCGAUGAGUACCCACAAGGGAUCGCUGUCUCUUCGACGGGUCGCAUGUUUUCCAACUACGCUCGCUCCCUCGAUCCCAACAACAUCGCUUAUACUGUAGCUGAAUUGACUGGUAAUAAUACCGAGACGCCAUAUCCUUCCGUAGCCAUCAAUUCGCCUCCAGGUGGCGCAAUCAACUACACCACCAAUCCAGCCACAGGCGCCAACUAUGAAAACUACCUAAUCGGCGUCCAAAGUGUGGUCAUUGAUCCGCUGGACCGCCUCUGGAUCCUGGAUACUGGCCGUGCAGCGAUGCCAAAUGGAACAAAUGUCUAUGCCAGUGUUGGUGGGCCGAAACUCAUUGGCGUCAACCUCUCCAACAAUACCAUGUUCAAGACCAUCGUAUUUCCACCGAACGUCGUAUACCCGGACAGCUAUAUCAACGAUAUUCGCUUCGACUUACGCCCCAAUGUCACUGCGUCGGGACACGGCGUGGGCUACAUCACUGAUUCAAGUCAAGAAGGCCGUAACGGUAUCAUCGUCGUUGAUCUUGGCACUGGCAAGUCAUGGAGGCACCUGGAUGGAACAAGUUACGUACACCCUGAAACGGGGUUUCUUCCGGUAAUCUGGGGCAAUACUGUGUACUCACUUCCCAACGGACCUACCAUGCCCAUCAGUCAGAGCACCUUUGGCGCAGACGGAAUCGCACUGAGUGCUGAUGGAGCCACACUUUACUUUUCCGCAGUGGGCAGUCGCUAUCUUUACUCCGUUCCUACGGCUCGUUUGCUCGACGACAGCCUCACCAGCGAGUUGAUGGCUACACAAGCAGUCGUCUCGCACGGGCAGAAAGGCAUAUCUGACGGCCUCGAAACCGAUACCAAUGGAUUCAUCUACGGCGGGAACCAGGAAGAUAACUCUAUUAUUUUCUUCAAUCCGGCUAAUGGAACUGUGAACGUUUUUGCACGAGACCCAAGAAUGUCGUGGACAGAUACCCUUUCGGUGGCAUCGGAUGGCUACAUCUACUUUACCGAGAAUCAGUUAUGGAGGACAACUAUGUUCUAUCCGGGCACUGACAGGAGAAUCAAGCCAUAUGUGCUUUUCAGGGCGAAAUUACCUGGCAACGGCACCAAGGUCAACCUCAGCUGA